AUGUCUUAUCCUUUAUUGGAUUUAACUGCAACUGUACCAGAUGUAGAGGAAACAGAUAAACCGUUAUCCGAGGUCACUAAGAGGCAUCGCACUUUCUUCAGAUUGGUUUGGAACUCGUUUGAAGAAGUUCAGUCAAAAGGUGAAUUGUCAAGGAACUGUUUAGAUUGCGUUGGUGGUGUCUUCCUUGAUGGAAAGUUUCCUUUUGAGCUGCUUCAGUUAAAGGAUUCCAAUUCUUGUCGGUCUACAGACUGGUCUAUUCAUUUCCAAGACACGUUUGGAUUAUUUUUUCUCCAGGCCUCGUCCUCUACUCACGCUUGA